GUGAUUUCAAGAUGGCGGACAUUAACAGAGCACAUUCGCCGAUGAACAUAUAUAAUGAGGAUUUAAGCCUAACCAAGGAUCAAUUAGAAGAAAAGAAACGUCGAUUAAGAGACAGACAAAGAGCCAAAUCACCAUUCCUGAUUGGGUCAAUAGAUGAUGUUAACAAGAAAAUCAGCCACCUUGAUAGACGUCUGCAGAGCUAUACAGAGUUGGUAGUUGAGAGUAGGGCAUCUGAGACAGAGGACUUCAAGGUCUAUGUCCCCCCACCCAGUGCAAAGGGAAGAGCUGUCCAUAUGAAAAGAGAUCCUCUCCUUGCUGUUGAAUGUGAAAAUAAAGAGAUAAACAGAUUCUCAGGGCUCUUUUCAAUGCAAGCUAUUCUGGCACCCAAUGAAAGUGAAAGAGUAAAGAACAUCUCCAAGAUAUCAGUACAACCAAGUAAAAGUUCUUCGAAGAGUGUCAACAACAAAGAUAAGGGAAAACCAAAGUUUGUAGAGCUUCACCAGUUCCCAGGAUAUGACCCAACUGAACUGACCCCACUUCCCAAUGACAUUCCCACUGAAGACAUCCUUGGGAAGGUUUCUGAGGCACAACCAAAACUUAAAAGCAAGCCAAACUACAAACCAGAGUUCAACAGGUUGUUCUACUCCCAGAUGUCUCAGGCUGUUUUACAGGACACAUUUUGGUGGUUCUUCCUGGAAAAGUUCCAGACCAGUAAACACAAUCAGGUGAAACUAUUCAAUCGUAUUGCCCACAACUAUGUCAAACUGCUCACAUAUGCCAAGGAACCAAAAUACAGAGAUGUCUUCCUCAGGGAUUAUCCUGAUAUACUAGCCCAGGCUGUCUAUGUGGCAUUCUGUGAAUCAUUCCCCGACUCCUUUCGACAGUUUAAUGAUGAUUUCAAAGAAGACCUUGCUGGGCUGUGUGGAGAGUGGGUGGCUGGGGUGAAGCCCUACCCUAGAUCAUACAUGAAGUGGAAUCUGGAGAAAUUAGAGCCUGAACAUAUUAAAACUAGGGAAGAAAUAAUGAAAAGCAAACGAAAAGCCAAACAAAAGAAGAAAGCCUCAUUACUAAACUUUGAUUUCCUCGACAACCUCAUUGAACCCAGUGGUACCUCAAUAGAUGUCUCUGAGAGCAAAACAUCAUCAGCCAGCCUACUGAAAUCAAAUUCUGCUGCUAGCCAAAAUAGAAUUUCCAGAAAAAACUCACGGAGUAGCAAAAUUGAUGUUAUCAGUGAAGUAGGAAAUGCUCAAACACAACAGCCCUCAUCCAGCUCAAGUUCACAUGUGCAGAGGUCAAGGACAAAUGAAAUGGAUGGACUUUCACCUAUCAAGGAACAUGAAUCAGUGGCCGAAGUCUCUCCUCGAGUUGAGAAGGGUUCUAAAGUACAUAAAGUGAAAUCAAAAGGCAUGACUGUGUCUCAUGUUAAUAUGACUGAUGCCCAAGAUAAAGAUGAAAUUGAGUCACAUCCAUGUUGUAAAGGACCCGAUUACAUCAGGACAAUCUUCAACAUCCAUGGUCAGAGCCCUCUCGUGGCACAUUUUCUACGAAUGAAGAAUCUCAUUGAUGAUGCAGGAACUCACGUCAAAGUUCAACGAACAAUUGUUGAAAAUCUUCCUCCACUUAACACUCCAACAUAUCGAGACAUUAUGAAGGAGUCUUAUAAAAAUGUCAGGCAUAUAGAAAAACAACAUCAGUCAUUAAUUGAGACAGGAAAUAAACAAAAUGCAAAGUUUGUCUCCACCCAGAGGGCCUCACUUCGCGAACAUCAACGUCGUCAAGCCGCAUUGCUGGAAAAUCGGGGAGAAGUCAAAAGACUCAGUAAUUUACUCAUUCUGGAACAAAGGAAAGAUGCUGAUUCUGUCAAGGCUGGGGCUGAUGCUGCUAUAGAAGCUGCCCUCGUUGCUGCUGAUGUAUAACUGUGUAACUGCUGCGUGAUAACACCAAUAUUUAAAGCAACUGUGAUCUUAAGUGGCCUUAGGACUACAUCUGUAUAUUUUUGAUAUUUGUUCAAUGUGUCAAUAUUUAAAUAAUGUUUAGUAAAUGGAAGAACAUUCACCAUAUACACUGUAUAUCCAAUUAUACAUUUGUAGAAAUGUAGUUUUACAUUGUGCUAGUUUAAAAAUUGAUGAAGCGCUGAAGGAAAAUUACUUGUGAUAUUACAUGUUUUAUGUGCAAUACUUCGAUAUGAAAUUAACUGAUGCAGUUUGUAUGCAAAAAAAAGAAUUUGUUUCAGGGGAAUCACAAUAUUUUUUAAAAUAUCAUUUGAAAUGUUGAAAAAUUCAAAUGUGAGAUAAAACGCUUCUAGAAAUUAGAUGCAAAAGUGCCAAAUGUGUAUAUAAGUGUUAUUUAUUGUAUAUUUGUAUUAGCUAUGCAUUUGAAAUCCAUCCAU